AUGAAAAUAAUAUCUAUAUUAUUUAUUAUUUAUUUAAUUUGUAUUAAUAAUAGUCAUUUGGUAUAUGCCCAAAGUACUAAUUAUUGUGAAGCAUUAAAAUAUUCUUUAUUGUUUUACAAAGCACAAAGAGCAGGAAGAUUACCCGAUAACGAUAUUCCAUGGAGAGGUAAUAGUGUCCUUAAAGAUACCUACAACAAUAAAUUCGAUUCAAAUGGCGAUGGUAUUUUAUCAAAAGGUUAUUUUGAUGCUGGUGAUGCUGUAAAGUUUGGAUUUCCAAUGGCUUAUUCAAUGACAAUGUUAGGUUGGGUUUAUGUAACAUAUAAAGAUAAUAUUGUAAAUUGUGGUUUAGAUUCAUUAUAUAAAGAUGUUUUGAAAUGGGGUUCAGAUUAUAUUAUUGCAUGCCAUGUCGAAGAUAAUGUUUUUGUAGGUCAAAUAGCAGAUGGAGAUCUCGAUCAUUCAUUUUGGGUAGCACCUGAAAACCUCACAUAUGUUCGUGAUUCAUUUGCCAUUGAUUCUUCAAAAACAGGUACUGAUCUUGCUAUGGAGGCUGCAGCUGCUCUUAGUGUAACUUCUAUGGUAUUUAGUUCAAGUGACCCUACUUAUUCUUCCAACUGUUUAGACCACUCAAAAAAACUUUACAAUUUUGCCAUCAACAAUCCAAAAAAUGUAUACCAAAGUUCAAUUAGCAAUGCAGGAUCUUUUUAUAGCUCAGGUGGUUACAAUGAUGAAAUUGCUUGGGCAAGUGUUUGGUUAUAUAAGGCUACCAAUCAACAAAAUUACCUUGAUACUGCAAAAACUUAUUUUUCAUAUAACGACGUUCAAUAUGCUAAGGAGUUAAGCUGGGAUCAAAAAGGUGUACCAACAGGGUUACUUUUGCUUCAAAUUACUAACGAUGCUUCAUACAAAUCAAGAGUUGAGGAAGCAUUAAAUAGUUGGAUAAGCGGUAGUUAUGUUACUUUUACUCCAGGUGGUUUAGCUUAUUUAAGACAAUGGGGUCCAUGCAGAUAUGCAAUGAGCAUGGCAUUAGUUGCUGCAGUUUAUGGUAAAUCAGGUGAUGACUAUACAAAAUUUGCAAAGAGUCAGUUAAACUAUGUUUUAGGUGAUAACCCCAAAAAGUUUUCAUUUGUCGUUGGUUGGGGAACAAACUACCCAAAGAAUCCACACCACCGUGCAUCUCAUCAUCCAACAGAUGGUAUUAAAAAUCCAGCUGUUAAUACCUAUGUCUUAUAUGGUGCUUUGGUUGGUGGCCCAAAAAAUGAUGAUGUUUAUGAUGACAAUAGAGAGGAUUAUGUUCAAAGCGAAGUAGCAUUAGAUUAUAACGUAGGGCUUGUUGGUACAUUGGCAGCUUUUUCUGCUGGUAGUGAACCUGCUUCAAAAACAAACCCAUAUAGUGGAGGUCCAAUUACCAAUCCAGGUUCAGGUUCAAAUUCUGGUCCAAACACUGGCUCUAACCCUGACUCUAACUCUGACUCUGACUCUGAUAGCAUCAAUGCCUCAAUAUCAAUCCGUGGAUAUUCAUCCUUACUUUUAAUUAUUUAUUUAAUAAUUAAUGUACUCUUAUUAUAA